AUCCUAACCUUUUGUUCCGUGUUAGGUUCCACGCUGCUGAUGACGUUGAAUAACAAAGAUGGCAGGAGGGAACAGCAAUUACUGGGAAGAUCUGCGAAAGCAGGCCCGUCAGCUGGAGAAUGAGCUUGAUCUAAAACUGGUUUCCUUCAGUAAGUUGUGCACCAGUUAUAGCAGCUCCAGGGAUGGGCGGCGAGGAGACAGCUCUGACACAACUCCACUCCUGAACAACUCCACCCAGGACAGGAUGUUUGAGGCCAUGUCUGUAGAGAUUGAGCAGCUUCUGGCUAAACUAACAGGCGUAAAUGACAAGAUGGCAGAGUACAGCAGCACGCCAGGCGUCACGUCUCACAAUGCUGCUCUGAUGCAUACGCUCCAGCGACACAGAGACAUCCUGCAGGAUUACACUCAUGAAUACCACAAGACUAAAUCUAACUUUCUGGCGAUCAGAGAAAGGGAGGAUCUAUUGGGAUCUGUCAGAAAAGACAUAGAUGUCAAGAUGUCAACAAAGAUAUCUCAGACAUACAAGAGUGGUUCAGGAGUGAACAACAGAAGGACAGAGCUGUUCCUUAAGGAGCACGAGCACCUUCGAAACUCAGACAGACUGAUCGAAGACACUAUAAGCAUUGCCAUGGCAACUAAGGAGAACAUGACCUCGCAGCGGGGUUUUUUGAAGUCCAUACAGAGCAGGGUCAACACUUUGGCCAAUCGCUUUCCUGCCAUCAAUAGCCUCAUCCAGCGAAUCAACUUGCGGAAGAGGCGGGACUCGUUAAUUUUGGGCGGAGUCAUUGGCGUUUGCACCAUCCUCCUGCUGCUCUACGCAUUUCACUGACGGACACGGGAGUUGACCAAUCGCUUUUUAUUUCCCUCUGGCAUAGUGCGAGUUGUGGUGGAACCCGGAAGGAUGGACUUAGCAAUAGGAGGACCCUGGAGGCUACUAAGCAAACGCCCACUUGGCCUAAUCAGAUAAUGGUAUUGAUUGUGGCCAGCAUGGACUUCCUUAUUUGUAUUUAUCAACGGGAGGGGUGGUAGUUUGGUCAAUCCUGAAGCAUUUUUGGGGGGUCAUCCUCCCCCCACAAACAGUUAUACUGCGGGGUGAGGAGAAGGGAACAGAGACCAAAUAUCUAAUAUGACUAAUCUGGAUCUUUUGUUUUUUUUUAAGAAGCAAAAAUGUAAUGUAACGCCAUUUGCUCUGAAAGGGAAGUCAACAAGAAAUUAUACCCUCUGUGGUGAUUUUUGUUUUCCCUUUCUUUCCUUCCAAGCAAGACAUUUUAAUGUGAUGGUUAUUUUAGUGAAGGAAGAUGUUCAUCAUGUUAUGUAUCCUGUUAAUUAAUAAAUUAUUCAUAUAAAUGUUUAAAAAAUGUGUGACAGUAGGCACUCAAAAACUUUCAAGAAGCUUUCGUCCAACUUCAAGAUUUAACCCCAUAACAGGGAUUUAAAACACAUACAGAAAUCCAAAUACAGAAAAAAGCCAACACUGACAUGUUGUUAUAUAUUCCCUGGCAUGAUGAAGGCAUUGCAAGCCCAGUCUGAAACACAGUUCUGUUUCAGGCUGGUCGUAAUAGAGAGAGGGAUCUCCCACAGAGGUCUGUGAAAGUAGAGCAUUGUCGGCCGAUCGUGACCGUGAGAUUUCCCCAUCGUACGCACGUCUCUGCCUUCCUCGCGGGCGGCCGCUGAUGGCAUCUUGAAGAACUGGAGCGUGAUGGCGGAAACGGGCCAGCACUCUCUCCUUGAUGAAUAUACAAGUUGAACAUCCCUGGUUUUUUGAGAGAGGGAGAGACACAGCGGGAGGAAGAGUGAGGGAAAGAAGCACACGUACAGCAAGGCUGUCACAUAAACCCUGUAGCACCAAAAGGUGCUGCAGGAGAAGCUACUAAAUAGCAGUGGAAGUCUAGAUAGCACCUUUCACCGGAAGUCAUACAAUACACACUGCCUUUUAGCUCCUACAUUGCCCUUGCUCCCUUUUAUUCCACUUUCUUUCAUCCUGGACUCCUGACAAACAAGGCCUCCUCCGCAUCCGACAGCUCUGCUUUGCUGAGGCAGCAGGCUGUGAAGGCAUCGGGUUCUUGGGUACUAUCCAUUUCUGAUGGCUCUGUCACCGCAGAGCUGGCCAUGUUAGGGGCUCUCAUCAUUCUCGCACCUUGUUAGAGCAUCAGCACUGGCCAAGGAUCUCACUGCUGUCUGCUGGUGGAAGCACAAGACGUGAAUGUUUGUUCAUGACCUUCUGGAUCCACACGUCCAUCUGAUGGCAAAUCCAUUCUUCAGAUUCCUGUCUGAAAAAUACUCUCCCUCCAUGUGCGGUUUUUACAGUCAGGUGUCAUUUUUGGUACCAGUACUUGCGUCUUAUUGAAGUAAAUUUGAAGGUGAGCUUCAUCCUCUGGUGAAUGUUUUUUCUGAAGUUUCUAUGGGAUUUCAGGUGUUGUCUGCACACAGUCAGCAUAUAGAAGUCUAAAAGGACCUUUCUUUUUCUGUAAAUAAUGUACAUAGAUAUAAUUAUAUGCUUAGCAGCUCUGUUUCAAGUCAGUUAGGUGGUGGUGCAAUUAUAUACUGUAUAGGCAAAGCAGAUUAGACCGAAAACCAAAUGGUGUUCAUAUGGAUGGGUAUAUCUUGAAGUCUUGGUGUUUCAAUACACUUAUCAGUGAACAGCAACUAUCUGUCAGAUCUGUCAGACCGUAUUUGUGUAUCUGCUCAUCUGAAAUUUUUAUGGGAAUAGAGUUCCUUCAAAAGUUAAUGGGUGUGUCAGUAGAAGAAUGCUCUAAUGAUUUGAAGUCCGUUUUGGAGCCAUGGACCAUGGCUUAGUAAAUAUCCGCUGGCCAUUGUGAUGGUGUACAGCACAAUGAGCAUAAUGAGAUUUUUCCUAGUAAUGGAACUGAGGA